UUCAUUGAGCGGGAGCUUUCCUCGUCCUCUCUCAUCCUUCCGUCGCUCCGUGCUCCAACACAGCCGCGCAAGUUUGAUGGGGAAUUUCACACCGCUCCAGAAAAAUGCCUGUUAUGAAAGGAUUAUUAGCGCCACAAAACACUUUCUUGGAUACCAUAGCAACGCGCUUUGAUGGGACACACAGUAACUUUAUUCUUGCAAACGCACAGGUGGCAAAGGGAUUCCCUAUAGUUUAUUGCUCAGAUGGCUUCUGUGAACUCACUGGAUUUGCUCGCACUGAAGUCAUGCAGAAGAGCUGUAGCUGUAAGUUUUUAUAUGGUGCUGAGACAAAUGAACAGGUAACACUUCAAAUCGAGAAAGGUUUGGAUGAAAAGACAGAAUUUAAAGGAGAUAUCAUGUUUUACAGGAAGAAUGGUAAUUCUUUCUGGUGCCUACUUGAUGUUGUGCCAAUUAAAAACGAGAAAGGAGACGUAGUUCUUUUUUUGGCAUCCUUCAAAGACAUCACUGUUACCAAAGUGAAGAUUGCCCAGGAGGAUAAAAAGGAAGAAAAAUACAAAGGAAGAGGGAAAGCAGGAACACACUUCAGUUCAGCUCGUCGGCGAAGUCGAGCCGUGCUUUAUCACAUUUCUGGCCACCUACAAAAGCAAGAGAAAAGCAAGCUGAAGAUUAAUAAUAAUGUGUUUAGGAACCAGCCAGCACUACCAGAAUACAAGGUUGCAGAUGCAAAAAAAUCAAAGUUCAUCCUUUUGCAUUACAGCACUUUUAAAGCAUUAUGGGACUGGCUAAUAUUAUUGGCAACGUUUUAUGUUGCUGUGACUGUACCAUAUAAUGUUUGUUUUAUUGGAAUUGAUGAAAACUUGCCUUCAGCAAGAAGCACAACAGUUAGUGACAUUUCAGUGGAAAUUCUGUUCAUCAUAGAUAUUAUUCUGAAUUUUCGAACUACAUAUGUCAGCAAGUCUGGACAAGUUAUUUUUGAAGCUCGCUCUAUUUGUAUUCACUAUGUAACAACGUGGUUUAUCAUCGACUUGGUAGCUGCGCUUCCUUUUGAUCUUCUCUACGCUUUUAAUGUUAAUGUGGUCUCAAUUGUUCACCUUCUAAAAACAGUGCGUCUCUUACGUUUGUUGCGACUGUUACAAAAACUGGAUCGAUAUUCUCAGCACAGCACAAUAGUCCUAACCCUGUUGAUGUCCAUGUUUGCAUUGUUGGCUCAUUGGAUGGCAUGCAUCUGGUAUGUUAUUGGCAAAAUUGAAAUGGAAGGGAAUGAUCCACUUACAUGGGACAUUGGCUGGCUGCAUGAAUUGGGAAAACGCCUUGAAACUCCAUAUUAUGACAAUAACACACUGGGAGGUCCUGGAAUCAGAAGUGCCUACAUUGCUGCUCUCUACUUCACACUCAGUAGUCUGACCAGUGUCGGCUUUGGAAAUGUCUCAGCCAAUACCGAGGCAGAGAAGAUCUUUUCUAUCUGUACAAUGCUGAUUGGAGCACUGAUGCAUGCAUUGGUAUUUGGGAAUGUAACUGCCAUCAUUCAGCGCAUGUACUCCAGGUGGUCUCUGUAUCACCACAGAAUCAAAGAUCUAAAAGAUUUCAUUCGAGUCCAUCAUUUGCCAAAGCAGCUCAAACAGCGAAUGCUCGAGUAUUUCCAGACAACGUGGUCAGUCAAUAAUGGAAUUGAUGCUAAUGAGCUUUUAAAGGAUUUUCCAGAUGAGCUGAGGUCAGACAUCACUAUGCACUUGAACAAGGAAAUCCUACAACUUUCUCUGUUUGCCUCUGCCAGCCGUGGCUGCCUUAGGUCUCUCUCUCUACACAUCAAAACUUCUUUCUGUGCUCCAGGCGAGUACCUCCUUCGACAGGGAGAUGCAUUGCAGGCCAUCUAUUUCGUCUGCUCAGGCUCCAUGGAAGUUCUUAAAGGUACCAUGGUGCUGGCAAUACUUGGUAAAGGUGAUCUAAUUGGUGCAAAUCUUGCAAAUAAAGACCAAGUUAUCAAAACCAACUCAGACGUUAAAGCUCUAACCUACUGCGACCUGCAAUGUAUUAAUCUGAAAGGUCUCUAUGAGGUGCUGGAGCUCUACCCAGAAUAUUCUCAUAAAUUCAAGGAGGACAUUCAUCAUAAUCUCACUUAUAACCUCAGAGAGGGUCAUGAAAGUGAUGGGAUUUCAAGAUUGUCCAACAAAUCGUAUACAAUGUCCCAGUCAGAUUCCAACGGAAAUGGGAACCUAAACCAGAAACUCACCUCUAUUGUAGAAGAUGAAGAGGACGUGCAGGAAGUGGAUGAGACUACACCAUUGUCACAUAUUUCUACCAGUGUCACAUACUACAAUCAAUCCUUGAAUUUUAACAAAACUACGAAUACCAGCAAUCUCCUAGCAGCUAAUCAACAGCACCUCUCAGGCCGUAUAGACUUCCGGUCUCCCAUCAGGGGUUGUGGUGUCAUGAUCAGAAGCAGACAAGAUCAUGAAUCGGUUAAUAUAAGGAGUGAGAAAAACAAAAACUUAAAACUGCACCUCUCUGCACUAAACUCAUAUGCUCCUCCUGAUCUCAGUCCAAGAAUUGUCGAUGGCAUUGAAGAUGAAAAAAGUUCAAUAGGAAACCAGAGAUUUGAGUUUUGCACUGAAAAUACAGGACAAGAAUCAUUCAGACUUACACAUGCAAAAGACCUUGACCAAGUUACACCUGCCAUGCUGGCUGCUAAAGCUGAAGAAACAAAGCAGCAAAUAAAAAAGCUGAAUGAUGAGAUGUGUAAUCUAACUCAAGAAGUGUCUCAAUUAGGCAAAGAUCUACACAAUGUAGUGCAUCUUCUGGAAAGCCUUUUGACAGCACAGAAAAAUACACCUUUCUGGCCUGUUCGUGGUGCUCACAUGGCCCCUACAGUGGACAACAUGAAAGCAAGAAUGGCUUGGACAUCACAUCAGCCUUGUUUUCAUAUGCAGGGUGGGACAGCCUCUUGUGUUGCCACAAACCCAUCACAAAACUCAACAGUGGCGGCUGACAUGUGGCCUUUGGAUUCAGGAAUUAAAUAUAGUAACCCUCAAGGACUGGGAAUAAUUUCACAACGACCAAUGGAAAGUGAUCAUUACCACAUUUUGUCCACACCAGUCCAUGCUCAGCAUUGCCAGUCACUCCAAGGUGAUUGCUUACCACGCGUUCGAUGUGUGACUCCACAUUCUGACACCACAUUAACCCCUCUUCAGUCCAUGUCAGUUACCCUUUCAUCUUCUACAGGUUCAUCGCCUGAGAGAGCAAACCCACUAGCAUUCCCUUGCAAAUCUAAGGAAAGUAGCAGCUCCAACCUGGGCCCAAUCAGCUCAUCAGAUCUUGGAAAUUCUCCAGAUUCCUGGGAACUUGAGGGGAUGUCAGGUAUUUCUUUAUCAAACAUGGCAGCUUCACCAAUGGAAGUUAUGACAAGUACUGACAAAUUUAAGAAUGACAGUGCCAUUAAUUUGUAAUGAUUAUGAUGAAUUAAUAAGCAAGCGCUGAAAAGGUUGGCAUUGAGCUUUCGGUUUUGAAUAUUUUAUGAUUGCAUCCAUGCAAUAUUCUUCUGCAUUCCACUGAUAUUGCAGAAGAGUCACAGAAAAUGACUUCAGGGGAACACUGGAAAUCGAACUUUAUUAUAAGUAAAGUGGUAGAAAUCUAUCAGAUUAUUCUCCAGUGGAGAAAAAAAAUCAUAUAACAGUUUUCAGGAGCAUGCUUAUGAAUCUAUAACUAUUUGAGCACAAAAGUAGUUUGCUUAUCUGGCCGGCAGGCUCCCAGGGCGAUUCAAGACACUUACAGCCUCAGGACAGCUGGAAAUUCAGGGCAGCUGAAUAAAAAUGGCUUUUAUAGCAGAAAAUAAUUCUUCCCAAAAGCAAAGUUUUUCUUAUUUCUGAAAGACCUCUGCUGAGCUAUCCCGAAAGGCUAUGAAUUGGACAGUUUGCUCUGGGUGGUCGGAUGUCCUGCUGAUUCAUUUUUCUUUAUGGACAAGGCCCAGGUACAAUUAACGCUGCAUGCAGUCUCCUAGACAAUCAGUCAACUACAGCUGGUAGCAGAAGGUUAGUUGCUGCACAUUGUAUCAUGUAAAUCAAUUUGUUCAAUUAUUUAUCAAAAAAUGACUAUUUUUAUACAUUUGGUAUGGAAACCGUAUUUAAGUCACAUGUUUAUAAUGAAAUCUUUUUGUGACAAAGCUUGAAAGAAAACUCAAAUGCUUUACAAUAAUCCUAUUUAUGGUGUUAUCUCAAAUCAUUGGAGAAAAGGUUAUGUACGGCACUGUGGCUAAAAAGGUAUGUAAUGAAUUAGGUUACUUAGAAAUGGUUGCAUGUUAGCUACUAUGAAUGUACCUGCAGUGAUCAAAAUAUAACUAAAACUAAUAAAGAAUGACACUUAUUUAUUGCUUAUAUUUCAAUAAAAGAUUGUAGGGAAUGUCAAACAAAAUUAUGUAAUUCCAGAAAUAAGUACACUAUUAUGAAAA